AUGUUUAGCAAAUCGUUAAUACUGAGUGUACUUGACGCUAUAAUCUCAGCAGCGUCAGUUACCUUGCGCUAUACGUCUAUACUGUUUGUCCGGUUUCAUCCCAUCGGAACACGAUAUCUAGAUCGCAUUUAUGGGAGCUUUAUAGUUUUUCUGCUUGCAUUCAGCGCAGAGCUAGUUCUGCUGAAAUGCCGCAAGCUUCGGGUUAGGAGACGCCUAGUCUCCGCCCCGUUGCUGGCUGUCGUUGAUAGAGAUAGACCAUCAUUCACGGCGGGCGGCUUCAUCAUCAAUUUGGCAUGUCUUGUGGCUGUUCUCGACUUUCUUUUCAGGGGCCAUCUUCUGCAUCAAAGUGACGAACUGUCCCUCUCCAGGGUUGGCUUUGUGGAUCACUCGACGGCUCGAAUUGUAUUGAGAGCUCCUAUAACUGAUUAUGUUGAGAUCAUAGUCACGUCAGCGUCUGACGACCAAGCAGAGACCCAAGUAACCAAGUCGGUUUUGCUAAGUGAACAUUCUGACUAUGUUGGAACAGUCUUGGUUGAAGGUCUAGAGCCAGACACUCCUUACACGUACUCAACCCACGCAAGCCAUACUGGGUCGUUUCGAACGCAGGCUCAGCCAGGCAGCGACUUGAAGCCUUGGAGUCUUGUUUCAUCAAGCUGCAUCAAGCCAUUCUACCCGUACAACCCUUUGAAUCAUGGUCUUCGAAUCAAAGGCCUUGAACAUUUAAGCAACUACCUUUCUGACAGUCCAGUGGAUAUGGUACUAUUUUUGGGCGACUUCAUUUACAUCGAUCUUCCUAUCCCGCUAGGCUGGGAUGCAGACGCAUACUCUGCGGCAUAUCGACAAGUAUAUGCCUCCUCUUCCUGGUCCUCUCAACUUCGUGCUACCCCGUGGAUACAUGUCUAUGACGAUCACGAGAUUAUAAAUGACUGGGCAGGGAAUGACACGGAGCUUUACAAGACGGCGAUGCAACCAUUCUGGAACUACCAUGGAAACGCGAACCCGCCAUCAGAGUAUGGUGCUGACAAGACGUAUUACACCUUUCGAUAUCAAGGCGUUGCAUUUUUCGUCUUGGAUACCAGGCGAUAUCGAUCGGAUAAUGCAGCGGCUGAUGGGCCAGAGAAGACAAUGCUUGGUGAAGCCCAGCUCGUUGCUUUGAAAGAGUGGCUCAUAUCAGAGUCUGACUGGAAAGUCAUAGUCAGCAGCGUGCCUUUCACGAGGAAUUGGAGGGGCCCAGACUCGGCAGACAGUUGGUCUGGCUUUCUCUGGGAGCGUGAUUCGAUCCUGGAUAUAAUGAAGCAGAACGGUGGCGCUAUUAUUCUCAGCGGUGAUCGCCAUGAACAUGCUACAACAUUUUUCCCAGCCAAUGCAAAAGGUGACAAGCCUGUUAUCGAGUUCUCCACUUCGCCGUUGAAUCAGUUCUACGAGCCGUUCGACAGGUUUCACAGGGAGAUUGAGGACACUGAUCUGUCAAUUUAUUCAUACCCCUGGGGCUCUUCAAAAUUCGGCAAGGUCACGUUUGACACGACACAAGCAAGCAAACUACUUGUUCAUUAUGACCUAGUCGUAGAUGGUGUCAAGGUAUGGGAGUAUGACUGGGAGGCUCAACGAAAUUAA